AUGGCAUUGCGACUGGUCGGUUUCCAGUUGUUGGGCCUGGCAGCUCUCCUGCUCUCACCAGCCUCAUCGGCCCCUACUACUGGUUGCGAUUGGCGGAACGCAAGUGAGGUCACGUCAUUGCAGUCCGUCCCCGGAGCACGAUCACUCGAGAACAUUGCGGUUCGGGAGAAUGGAAACCUCUUAGUCACCUCCACGGCCUCUCCGACCCUUUUCGACCUGUCACCUGAAGCCAAACAUGCGCCGAUUCCUGUUGUCACCAUCGACGGCGUUAACAGUCUCCUCGGAAUCACCGAACUCGGCGAAAAGGAUGUUUUCUACGUCCUCGGUUCGAAUCUGACCUCAACCGAAAACUCGAACGGCUUGUGGAAAGUCGACCUCCGUAAAUUCCGCACCUCGCGCAACGGGACUGUGCUCCAGCCAGCUGUGCUUUCUCUCAUCACGCUUGUCCCAUCCGCUCUUCAACUCAACGGCAUGGCACGUUUGGCCAAGAAUGAUACUCAGAACCUGCUCAUAUCCGACUCUGGCCGUGGAACCGUCCUUCGACUCAACGUAAACACCAAGCUCGUUGAGACUGUUCUUGCUGAGCCUGAGAUGGCUCCAGUAUCUUCGAAUUCCAGCAUUGGCGUCGCCGUCAACGGGAUUCGCAUUCGGGGCAACAAACUUUAUUUCGUGAGCUUGGACCAAGGCCUAUUCGGCAGAGUCCCCAUCUCUCUCACAACCGGAACAGCCACUGGCCCCGCGGAGACUCUGACUACCAACAUCACCUUUGGUGACGACUUCGCUUUGUCGAAAGACGGUAAGACUGCCUAUGUUGCCACCAACGGUCCUCUGGAGGUUCUCGGAAUCGAUUUGGUACACGGAGGAAAGACCGUCGUUGCAUCCUCGCCCCUUCUCGGAGCUGCAUCUUCGGUAGCUCUGGACUUGCACCACCCUCGCAAGGUUUUGUACGUGACGGGCGCUGUGUCAUCUGGCAAUAGCACUGUUGGGCAUGUGUCUCGCGUUACUUUGAGGUGCUAG